GACGUUAACGAUUUAUCGGUGGUAAAUACUGAAAUAUCCACAAAAAUCACCGGGAGGUGUUGGGCUCAUCUUUCCGGAGUUAAAACUGGCUGUUAGUGAGCUGACAGCUCACUCUCCUAUACGAUGCAAACUAUAAAGUGUGUGGUGGUGGGUGACGGUGCAGUGGGAAAGACAUGCCUGCUCAUCUCAUACACGACGAACAAGUUUCCCUCUGAAUACGUUCCUACGGUGUUCGACAACUAUGCCGUGACGGUGAUGAUCGGUGGAGAGCCGUACACUCUGGGACUGUUUGACACUGCAGGUCAGGAGGAUUACGACAGACUGCGACCCCUCAGCUACCCUCAGACUGACGUCUUCCUCGUUUGUUUCUCUGUUGUAUCACCUUCAUCUUUCGAGAACGUCAGAGAGAAGUGGGUGCCAGAGAUUUCACACCACUGCCCACGGACGCCCUUCCUGCUGGUGGGGACUCAGGUGGAUCUCAGAGACGACAGCAACACCCUGGAGAAGCUGGCCAAGAACAAACAGCGAGCCCUGAGCUGUGAGAGCGGAGAAAAACUGGCUCGUGAGCUGAAGGCCGUCAAAUACGUGGAGUGUUCGGCUCUGACGCAGAGGGGACUGAAGAACGUGUUUGACGAGGCCAUCCUGGCAGCUCUGGAGCCUCCGGACACCAAACCCAAAAAGCGCUGCGUUCUGUUGUAGACGCCACGACAAGAAGAAGAAGAAGAAGAAGAGGAUAGGAGAAGGUGGAGGUGGACCAGGAGGAGAUUAUUAACCCAGAUGGGAACUGAGGGGGGGAGGGUAGACGCAUUUAAACAGUGCCUUCAGCCAUAGUGACUUAACGUGGGUGUGGUGUUAGAACGGAUAGGCGCUUUGUUUUCAUCACCGUAACAUGACUAACAUGUUUGAGCAACACUCUUCGCUAACCUGGAAACAGGGUUUUAAUAAUCGCAGGAAGCAGAUUGAGCAAUAGUAGUUUAAACCUCAGAUGCCUUGAAGAUACAAACAAUGGAUGGAGUCACGUUUGCAGCUGAAACUUAACAAAAACUUUUAAAAUCAUUAAAAAAAUCUACAAGGAACUGUAUAAAAUAUCUGAAAUAAAUGUUGGGAACAAUGUGUUGGGUCAGUAAACUGCUGCUUUAUAUUUGUGACACUUGUGUUAGUGAUUGAUCUGCUGUUGAUUUCAUAGUCUUGAAAUAAUUUGGUAAUCAUAGUUUGAACGGCUGUGGUGUACAGUAGCAGUGACGGGCGCUACACUGUUGAUCUCAACAAUAGCUUUUUUAAUUUGUUAACUUUUCCACGUUAAAACAAAAACUUUGAGCAGUAUUUUUCCCUUUUCUUUUGUUAACAUAAAGAUUAACUCUGUUUACAGAUUUUGAAUUUUUAUUUUUAACCUUUAAACCAAAAAAUCAUAUGCAGUUGUGCAGGCUUUGUGGAUUUGUGUAAGACAUAUGAGAGACACGUGGCACUCGUAGAUUUUCAGCUGAGGACUCUCUAAAUACAACAAAUAAUAACCUACAGGAGAAAAAAGCCUAUUUCAAGUCAAACCUGUAGAGCUGCUUUGAUUAGAUUUGACUGUUGCUUCUGUAAGUGCAGUUUUGAUGUCCUGGUCAGCGGUGAAGUUAAAAGUAUUUAAGGCAGUGCUUUAAAAGAAUUGUCCAGAGGUGUUUCAGCGUAGCUGCUGAGUGGCUGUGUUUGCUUCUAGAAAGCCUUUGUUGACAUUCUGAUCCUGUGGCGAAAAAUCCUGUGAAACUUGAGGUGAAGGAGCUAGUUUGCUCUUAAUGUAUCCACAAUACAAUUCAAGCAAGUCCUUUUGAAGAAAGCAGGACAUCUUUCCAAGCAGCUGUAGUUUGAUCCCAACACAAGGUCAGAUAAAUCCUAAACUGUAGAUUUAAAUGUAAUCAAAAGUGUUGAUCAUAAGAAAGUCAACAUUAGUGCUGUUUUAUUCGGUCACUGGUUUCAAAAAAGCAACAAGAAGAGCAUCAACAAACAUUUUCAGCACUCUAUCAUCUAGCCGACACCUCCUAGCUGUUUCCUCCAAACACUGAAAGAAUGAGCGUUUAACCCAACAUGCUGGAGUGAACUCACGCCUGCAAACCGACCAGGGGAUUCAAACAAGGAACCUUCCUGCUGUGAGGCAACGCUGCUAACCGCUGCAGCUCCAGUAGCCUUCAGUUUAGGAUUGUUUGAGAGCCGUGUCUCCUCCUUAUAACGCCUCUGCGUGCUGUAGGUGCGAGUUCUGUAACUUGACUUCAUCCGUGUCAAAAAGAAUAACUGAGACUAAACAUUUACUAACUGGGCAGAAGCUGCACGUUACAGGACAACACAUGCAUUGGUGUGCACAGUAGCUAACAGUGCCUCAAUCUGUAGCUGAGAGAAGUUAGAAACUCGAUGUUCUCAUGUGGAUGCAUUGCUUUCCAAAGUAACAAAAAUAAUAUUCAGACUCUUUAAGUCUUGAAUUGUCUGAGAUUUCUCAAGUUCCACCUG